AUGGCCGUAGAGUUGAAGGCCUCGAUUUUGAUCGAUGUUGGUAUGACGGGGUCAGCGGCACAAUAUAUCAUAGGGCUUAACGACAAUAAUACCUCUAAUCAACCUGGACAUUUCAGUAUGCCUCGUCUGACCUACUCUCAGGCCUCUGAGCAAGCUAGCGUCGAAGGUAGACAGAAAAUGUUUACCCACGUUGAAGCAGCUGUACAGGCGAUUCUCGCGGAUAACACAACCGUCUACCCCCCUAGCAUACCAAGUGCAAUCGUCCACAACUUUCGCCAUGCGCCAAUCCCCUUGUGGGAAUUUCACGUCGCUUAUCCAGCUUUGCCCGGCCCGCCCAAAAACCUCCAGUACUGGCUGGACUGCGCCGAGCAGGAUAUCUGGCCGGAAGCAAAGCCAGACGACAACCAGGAGUAA